GCGGAUAAGACAAGUGGGCGUGUCUGAGUGCUGAGAGGAGAGGACAUUCAGGCUGAUGGUGGCGCUAAUAACGGAGCACAUUUCUUCAAUAUUCCAACUACGACCAAGUCUUCUUCUUCCUCCUCCUGAGAAGACCAAGUCUUCUUCUUCCUCCUCCUGAGAAGACCAAGUCUUCUUCUUCCUCCUCCUGAGAAGAGCAAGUCCUGCAGUGGACAGUGUGAGGUGUCACCAUGCCGCUGGUCAAGAGGAACAUCCACCCACGUCACCUCUGCCGGGGAGAACUUCCUGAGGGCAUCGGCAGUGAGCUGGAGUGUGUGAUGAACAACACUCUGUCUGCCAUCAUCCGCCAGCUCAGCAGCCUCAGCAAACAUGCAGAGGACAUAUUUGGCGAGCUGUUCAAGGAGGCCAACACCUUCUACCUGCGUGCCAACUCUCUGCAGGACCGCAUCGACCGGCUGGCCGUCAAGGUGACGCAGCUGGACUCCACCGUGGAGGAAGUUUCCCUGCAGGACAUCAACAUGAGGAAGGCCUUCAAGAGCUCCACCACUCAGGACCAGCAGGUGGUGUCCAAGAGCAGCGUGCCCAACCCUGUGAAGGAGAUGUACAACCUGAGUGACAAGCCCCCGCCCCUCAGCAUCCUCUCAUCCUACAGGGACGACCACAAGGAGGCGCUGAAGUUCUACACCGACCCCUCCUACUUCUUUGACCUGUGGAAGCAGAAGAUGCUGCAGGACACGGAGGACAAGAGGAAGGAGAAGCGCAAGCAGAAGGAGCAGAGGCGGGGUGUGGACGGCACGCUGCAGAGGGAGGUGAAGAAGGUGCGCAAGGCCAGGAACCGCAGACAGGAGUGGAACAUGAUGGCUCUGGACAAGGAGCUGAGGCCAGACCACCGCCACACCAUCCACAGAGACCGGGGGGCCUCCUCUGAGGGCUCGCUGUCUCCAGAGAACAGGGUUGGAGACCACUAUGCCAACGCCUUGAACCACGCCGGCCACGCCCACACCUACUCGGGCCCCCCGCCCAGCGUCCUGGCAGCACACAUGGGCCACGCCCCUGGCGCUGGAAGGGGCAGGGGCGUGGCUUAUCAGGGGGGCACGCUGGGCCGCACCCACCACCACGCGGCGCUGCCUCCUCCACCUGUGGAGGUCAUGAACGGGGGCUCGGCAUCCCUCCCACCCAUGGACUACAGCAUGGAGGGCUAUGCCAACACAGGACCACCGCCCCCGCCCCCCGCCCCUCUCAUCCCCUCUGCCCUCACCGCCUUCGCCUCACCACCUGGAGGUCCUGUAUCUCCUGGGCCGAUGGCCUAUGCCCCACUUGCACCACCUCAGGCUGUGCCACCGCCUCCUGGUCCCCCGCCACCCCCUGUGCCAGCCGGUGCCUACAAGAUGGAGGGCAGUGUGGUCAAUGAUGCCCGCAGUGACCUGCUGGCGGCCAUUCGUAUGGGCAUCCAGCUGAAGAAGGUGCAGGAGCAGCAGGAGCAGCAAGCCAAGAGGGAACCUGUGGGGAACGACGUGGCCACCAUCUUGUCUCGCCGCAUUGCUGUGGAAUACUCCGAUUCUGAGGACGAGUCGGAGCUGGAGGACAACGAUUGGUCCGACUGACGGAGGACAACGAUUGGUCCAACUGACGGAGGACAACGACCGGUCCGACUGAACAUUGGCCCGACUGACGGAGGACAACGAUUGGUCCGUCCAACGGUCGGUCCGACUGAUGGAGGACAACGAUCGGUCCGACUGACGGUCGGUCCGACUGACUGUCGGUCUGACUGACGGAGGACAACGAUUGGUCCGACUGACCGAGGACAACGAUUGGUCCGACAGACCAUUGGCCCGACUGACGGAGGACAACGAUUGGUCCGUCUGACGGUCGGUCCGACUGAUGGAGGACAACGAUCGGUCCGACUGACGGUCGGUCUGACUGACUGUUGGUCUGACUGACGGAGGACAAUGAUUGGUCAGACUGACUGUCGGUCUGACUGACGGAGGACAACGAUUGGUCAGACUGACUGUUGGUCCGACUGACUGUUGGUCCGACUGAUGGAGGACAACGAUUGGUCAGACUGACGGUCGGUCCGACUGACGGAGGACAACGAUCGGUCCAACUGACGGUCGGUCCGACUGACUGUUGGUCCAACUGACAGAGGACAACGAUUGGUCAGACUGACUGUUGGUCCGACUGACGGAGGACAACUAUCGGUCCAACUGACUGUUGGUCCAACUGACGGAGGACAACGAUUGGUCAGACUGACUGUUGGUCCGACUGGCGGAGGACAACGAUUGGUCAGGCUGACUUGGUCCGACUGACGGAGGACAACGAUUAGUUUGACUGACGGUUGGUCCGACUGACGGAGGACAACGAUUGGUCCAACUGACGGUUGGUCCAUGACUGUUGGUCCGACUGACGGAGGACAACGAUUGGUCAGACUGACUGUUGGUCCGACUGACGGAGGACAACGAUUGGUCAGACUGACGGUUGGUUCGACUGACGGAGGACAACGAUUGGUUUGACUGACUGUUGGUCCGACUGAUGGAGGACAACGAUUGGUCCGACUGACGGUUGGUCCGACUUACUGUUGGUCCGACUUACGGUGGACAACGAUUGGUCCGACUGAUGGAGGACAAUGAUUGGUCAGACUGACUGUUGGUCAGACUGACGGAGGACAACGAUUGGUCAGACUGACGGAGGACAGCGAUUGGUCAGACUGACGGAUGACAACGAUUGGUCAGACUGACGGAGGACAACAAUUGGUCCGACUGACCGUUGGUCCGACUGACGGAGGACAACGAUUGGUCUGACUGACGUAGGACGAUUGGUCUGACUGACAGAGGACAAUGAUUGGUCAGACUGACUGUUGGUCCGACUGACGGAGGACGAUUGGUCAGACUGACGGAGGACAACGAUUGGUCCGACUGACGGAGGACGAUUGGUCUGACUGACGGAGGACAAUGAUUGGUAGACUGACUGUUGGUCCGACUGACAAAGGACGAUUGGUCCGACUGACGGUUGGUUUGACUGACCAUUGGUCUGACUGACUGUUGGUCCAACUGACUGUUGGUCCAACUGACUGUUGGUCCAACUGACUGUUGGUAUUGACGGAGGACAAUGAUUGGUCCGAUUGAUGGUCGGUCCGACUGACAGAGGGCAACGAUUGGUCUGACUGACGGUUGGUCCGACUGACGGAGGCAAGAAGUGAUACUUGCUGUGUGUUUAGAAAAUAUAGUGUAAUUGUGAGCACUUCCUGCAAGCUUCACCUUAUGUAAUAACACACCUUUAAUACCACACCUAUAACAAGACACCUGUAUUACCACACCUGUCAUAAGACACCUGUCAUGUUGCCAGUGUUGGAACUUCUCUUUGAGCCAUGUGUAUAGGCUGACCUUUGACCCAGAGAGGAAUAAAAAGAUGGAGGAUGAAGAGUCUCCUCACUUACAAUACACCUCCCUGCCUGAGGGCGGGGUUACCAUGGCAACAGGAGGGACAGGUGGGCGGCAGGAAAGAAGGACAGAGUCCAGUUGUGUACUUUUGCUUUUACUAGAAAGUCAAGAACUAAGCAACACACACACACACACACACACACAAUGUUUGGUAGACUUGUGCAUCUUCAUCUUCAUAGUCGUCAUCAUCCCCCAAAUAAAGUGCAUGUCACUUUA